UUCUUUGAGUAUAUGUGAUUUUGUAAAGUUGCGUCUUCCUGAAAAGCCUCGUUAAGGCAAGAAUUUACUGGUGACAUGAUAUACUUCCUGGGAAAGUUAAUCCAAAAUAGGAUUCCAAUCUUUUACCGCUUACAUCUGGAAAAUUUUUGUACUCAGAAUGACCUGGCUUUCUCAAUUUUAACUUUGCUCAAACUCCAAGUUUGAACUAAAUUAGAAUCUGGUCCCGUCUUUUACUAUUUUAAUUUUGAUUGGAAUUCCAAGUUCGGAUUAAAAUUCGGAAGAAAGUGUUAGUUUUAUCAAUUGUUGCUUGGUCAUGCCUUGGUGUUUGUUGCUUUCUAGCUACUACAUUUUAUAUAGUAGGUCUUCAUAUGAUUAUUAGCUAAUCAGCUGGUUCAUUGUUUCAGCCGACCAGGUGGUGAUCGAAUUUAUGGGGUUUUUGACAAUCAGCUGCCAGCUGCUUUGAGAAAACUCCCAUUUGAUCGACAUCUUUCAUUGCAAAAUGUGAGAAAAAUUGUUUCAGAAGCUGAUGGUUAUCAACCACAUUUGAUUGCUCCUGAGCAAGGUUACCGACGGCUUAUCGAGGGAUCGUUGAAUUAUUUUAGGGGACCUGCUGAAGCUUCUGUUGACGCUGUUCACUUUGUCUUGAAAGAACUUGUGAGGAAGUCGAUCGGGGAGUGUCAGGAACUAAAACGUUUUCCAACACUGCAAUCAACCAUAGCUGGAGCAGCGAAUGAAGCCUUGGAAAGGUUUCGUGAGGAAAGCAAGAAAACCGUCAUUAGAUUGGUUGACAUGGAAUCUUCAUAUUUGACUGUUGAUUUUUUCCGGAAACUUCCCCAGGAGGUUGAGAAAGUGGGAAACCCGGGAAAUCCAGCUCCUGCCAAUACCAUUGAUCGCAUCUCAGAUGGACAUUUCAGGAGGAUAGCAUCAAAUGUGUCGUCUUAUAUAAAUAUGGUUUCUGAGACACUGAGAAACUCUAUUCCUAAGGCAGUGGUUUACUGUCAAGUGAAGGAGGCCAAGCAGUGUUUACUCAACUACUUUUACACGCAAAUUGGGAAGAAAGAGGGUAAGCAAUUCGCUGACUUGUUGGACGAAGAUCCAGCCUUGAUGGAGAGGAGGCUACAAUGUGCUAAAAGGCUUGAGCUCUACAAGAAAGCCAGGGAUGAAAUCGACUCUGUAUCAUGGGUUCGAUAAAGAUGUACAAUAGAGAUUUAGUUAUCUUUUGUAUGAUAAUGUAGUUCAUGUUAUGGUGAGGAUGAUUUUUCACUUUGAUUGUCCAUCGACAGCUUAUAUUCGUUUGUUGCACUAUGAUCCAAUUCACUACAAUAUUUGGCUUGUUACAGUGAUUUACUUAUUUUCUGUU